ACUUUGUUUUUUGUCUUCUUCGACACCCAAAACCAAAGUCAAAUCGUUUCUGGGGUCUCUCGUUCUAUCAUCGUUUACCAAUCCAUUGAUGGAGAACUUAGCAUUGGACAUCAUUUUCCGGUGGGACUCCGAUGAAUUCCGGCGGAAAAUGAUCUUUUCCGGCGACCAGCAAGAGGCGGAGUGCUACCUCCAAGCCGUCGACGAAAUCCAGCUCUCAAACGACGAGAGUGCAAUUCCGAUCGCCAUGGCACGCUUAGAAGACGAAUUCCGUAACAUUCUAAUCUCCCACACCAACCCCACUUCCUACCUUCACCAUCUCAACACCAAAGAAGAAAUAAAAGAAGAAGAACCCCAACAGGGUUGUGCUUGCUUCGGUCAUCUCCGCUUCAACGCUUCACCUUCGGCAAGACGACAUGUUGAUGAUCAUGACAUGCUUCUUCUCCCUAGCAGGUUCCGCGAGAUACCUUACGAUGCUACAAACGACUUGCGUUGCAUCGCCGAAAGGAUGAUAUCAUCUGGGUACUUGGACCACUGCAUACAUGUUUAUGCCAGUGUUAGGAAAUCUGGUAUUUUUGCAUAUUACAAGUGGCUUGGCAUCAAUGAUGUUCAGCUUCCGCUUGCGGCCAAGAUCCACUUAUGGAUAGAGGCUUCAAAGGUUUGUGUUAGAACCAUGUUUGCCGGAGAGAAGAGGUUUUGUGAGGAAAUCUUUGAUGGAGUUGGGGAUGAUAUUGAUCAUGCUUGCUUCAUGGAAACUGUGAAGGAACCUGCUAUUCAGUUUCUCAACUUUGCGGACGCUAUUUGCAUAACCGCCAGGUCAUUACCUGACGAGAUGUUCAAGAUUCUAGAACUGUAUGAAGCUUUUGCAGCUAUGAUUCCUGAUUUUGAUGAUGUCUUUGACUUUAAAUCCUGUGAGUGCUUACGCGUUAAGGCUGUUGAGGUUCUCUCUCGGUUGGCUGAGGGUGUAAAUGGGACUUUGUCUAAGUUUGAAAAAGCUGUGGCUGGGGACACCUCUAAGGUUGUUGUCCCUGGUGGAGCAAUUCACCCCUUGACACUAUAUGUCAUGAAUUAUUUAAAACUUAUCUGUGUUUACGAGGAAACUUUGAAUGAGCUUAUAGUGUUAAAGCCAUCAAUGGAUUUAGCUGACAUCACAGAGGAGGAAGGGAAAACCCCGUUAGCUAUUCACCUAAUUUGGAUUAUUGAGAAAUUGCAAAUUAAGUUGAAUGGUGAGUCAAAGCAAUAUAAGGACUCAUCUUUGUCUCACCUGUUCAUGAUGAACAAUCUCCACUUCAUUCUUAAUGUGGUAAAAAGCUGUUCUGAAUUAAUGCACAUGAUUGGAGAUGAUUAUUUGAAGAAGCUAACCAUGAAAUUCCAGCGGGCUACCACUAGCUACCAGGGAGAAACUUGGGGGAGGGUAUUGGAUUGUUUAAAAGACGAGGGAUUGGAUGGUACAGCGAAACAUGGGUUUCUUUAUGUGAUCUUUAACAGUCCUAUGAAACAAAAAAUGAAGGCUUUCAACGCCAUGUUUGAAAAGGUUCAUAGGACCCAAGCUGCUAGGUUGAUACCGGAUUCACAAUUAAGGGAGGAGAUUAGAAAAUCUAUAUUAGAGAAGCUGCUCCCAGCAUAUAAUGCAUUUCUUAGGCGGAACUUGAGCAGCGUACAGAAUGGAACACAUGUAGUGAACUACCUUAAGUAUUCUAAACUGGACCUGCAGGUUGCUGUUUUGGAUUUUUUCGAAGGAAUUCAUGUUUCCCAACACUUGAGGAAGAGAUCACAAUCACAUGCCUAAGAGUGUUGCGAGAAGGAGAGGGCCCUAAUCGUUGUGCUGCAGCUGAUUGUAUCGUGGCGUUUUUAAGUUUCUCAUGUAAGUAGUUUUGUUAGUUAUCUGUUCUCACCCUGUGGAUAUAUUAUGUAUUGUGAGACAACUUUAAUACAUCGUUUUUCUUUUCUUUCAAAUUCAAUUAUUUUAAACUGAAAAGUUCUUCUUUUUUUCAAAUUGUUUCAGCUAUUGUGACCUGAAAAGACUAUUUUUUGCCAUCAUACUAUCCACUGUUUUCGUGCAUUAACAGGGGGAUUUAUUAACGAUGAAUUUAUGGUACCCAAAAUUUGGAAGAGUAAAAGCAUCAUCUUUAUGUUCGUCCAAUGUUAUAAUGUCACGUGUUUCUAUCCAGUAGUGAACUUUUAAGAGUUGUUGUUUUGGUCUUUAGCUAAUCCAUUCCUAAGUGACCUGAACCUGCUACCAUAGUGAAAGAAACAUUAAUAUGAAAUUUUUUUUUGUGUUAGAUCUGUUCUAGGCUUUUAAUGAAAUCAUUGUUUUGGUAACGUUAAAUCAAAGAAAGGACAUAAUUUCUUCUGCAAUUGGUGACAAGGAUUUAGUGGUAAAAGCAUUCCUGGGAAGAGAAAUAUGAAUAUAUGAUGAAAGCAAAUAAUGCUACAUGUGACGGAUACGAUAAGGAAAAUUCCUUCAACUAUAAUUCAAAUCAUGGCGCGUGAAUCAGUCACUGCAUCACCAGUUUAACCAAUAAUUCGAGUCAAGUGCAUGUUUGAUUCAGUUCGUCUGUCAAGCAAUAACUGCAAUAUUUUUAAUAAAAUUGAUAAAAAGUAACAAUUUUUUUUAAAUAUGAACAUUUAGUUGUUGUUUUAAAACUAUAGUAUCAAUUACCUAAUUAUAAUGAAAAU